GAUUUCAUAGCAAUUCGAUGUUUCGGGGAGUUUAAUUAUGGAGUGUAAGGUUGUACGAACGGUACUACUUGCUGUUGGGCUCCUUAGCUUGUAUUUCUAUGAUGUGUCUGCUGCUUUUGGUUCCAAGAGGUUUCGGCAUCCUUCGAAAGCACAUAAGGCUGUAGUUAUACAGAGUGAGGGCUGGACGCAGCAAAGAGCGGGGUCUCCCCAAUCGGUGUCGGCGCAAUGUACAGAGACGGAGGUAAUCGUGAACAUCAGUUCUGAUUUGUUUGGUAUUCGGCAUCCUAUUCAGCCGUCCGACUUGACAUUAGGAGGGUGUGGCGUGACCAGCCAAGUGUCCGCGCCUCCUACCUUCGUGAUCGAAGCACCGCUGCAGGGAUGCAACAGUAACGUUACGAUGCUUUCUGAUGAAAUAGUGUACAACUUCACCCUUGAGUACAACCCUUCCUCAAUUCCUGGUAUUCCCAUUAUGCGAACCAACCCAGCUGUAGUGCAGAUUGAAUGCCAUUAUCCCAGGAAUCACAAUGUCAGCAGUAAUGCUUUGAAUCCUACUUGGGUCCCCUAUACCUCUACCAUAUCUGCUGAAGAUAUUCUGGGAUUCUCUCUGGAUAUAAUGAACAGUGACUGGAGUGGUCCAAGUUCCACCAACACAUUCUACCUAGGUGACCUCAUUAACCUUCAGGCAUCGGUAGACAACACUAACCAUGUGCCUCUGCGUAUCUUUGUGGACAACUGCAUAGCUUCUCCUGCUUCAGAUGGUUCUGCCCCAACAUACACAUUCAUUGGCAACCAUGGGUGCUUUAUUGAUGGCCAACUGACCAACUCCAGUUCCCAGUUCAUAACUCCCAGGGUUGCUUCAUCUACCCUUCAAUUUGAACUUGAUGCCUUCAGGUUCUUUGAUGUGCCUACGAGCUCGAUUUUCAUUACCUGUAAUCUGACGGUGACCCUGGCUUCUCAGGGUAUUGACUCCUUGAACAAGGCCUGCUCUUACAUCCCUGGACUGAGCAUGUGGACCUCUGUAGAUGGCAGUGACUUGGUAUGUAGCUGCUGUGAUACCAACUGUGUUGCUAGCCUACCUGGAAGGAAGAAAGCAGAGAAGCGCAAACAAAGACCAAGAAGGAGCGCCCUAACCAUCCCUGCUGAAUGGGAGAAGACCCUCAUUGUGGGCCCCCUGUUUCUGAAAGGGAAACCUAGGCCUGUGCUGUCUGAACAUCUUGCAGCUAAAGAAGCACAACCAUCUGAGCUAUUCACAGGUUCCUUUGUUUUGAUGCUUGGUUCAGUGGUGGGUGUAUUAGCACUUGCUUGUUCUACUUUCCUUGGUUUCUUUUUGUACCGCAAACAUUUCUAAUUAAAUGGGUUGAAAUAUUU